AUGGGUGAAUUUCCAAUUGUUCAUGAUUUUCCUGAAGUGUUUCCUGAUGAUGUUAGCGAUUUGCCACCUGAACGUGAAGUUGAGUUCACGAUUGAUUUGAUUCAUGGUACUAGUCUGAUAUCGAUGGCUUCGUAUCAGAUGUCACCAUCUGAGUUGAAAGAGUUGAAGAGUCAACUAGAGGAUUUGCUUGAUAAAAGGGUUGCUAUCAAGAAUAAGUAUCCGCUUCUGAGGAUUGAUGAUUUGAUGGAUCAUUUGAGCGAAGAGGAUCAUGCUAAGCAUUUGAGGAUUGUUUUAUCUGUAUUGAAAGAGAAGCAGUUGUUUGUUAAACUUUUGAAGUGUGAGUUUCUGUUGAAGGAAGUGACUUUCCUUGGCCAUGUGAUCUCUAGUGGUGGUAUUUCGGUUGAUCCUUCUAAGAUUGAGGCUAUAUCUCAAUGGGAAGCACCAAAAUUCGUGUUUGAGAUUCGUAGUUUUCUUGGUUUGUUAACUAGGAAAGGUCAAGCUUUCAUUUGGACUGCACAAUGUGAAGCUAGUUUUCAAGACUUGAAGAGGAGAUUGACUACUACUUCUGUUUUGAUUUUACCGAAUCCAUCAGAACCAUUUGUUGUGUAUUUUUGUGAAGAGACUUCUUUUGGAGUGGAGCUUGGUAUGUUAAAGCUUACUAGUGGAAUUUUGGAUGAGAUUCGAGAAGGUCAUAAAUCUAAUUUGGUUUUGGUAGAUCGAUUGUCGUUGAUCAAUCAAGGUAAAGGUGAUGAUUUUCGGAUUGAUGAGAAUGGUAUCAUGAGGUGUCAUGAUAGAAAAUCGAAGAUUGAGCAUCAGAAGCCGUUUGGUUUGUUACAAUCGUUAUCUAUUCCUGAAUGGAAAUGGGGUAGUAUUUCUAUGGAUUUUGUUUCGGGUUUACCUAGGACUCCGAGUAAUUGUGAAGCUAUUUGGGUUAUUGUGGACAGGUUGACGAAAUCUGCUCACUUUAUUCCGAUUAGAAUGGAUUAUCCGAUGGAGAGGCUUGCAAAGCUGUAUAUUGAGAAAACUGUCAGUUUGCAUGGUAUUCCGUCUAACAUUGUGUUAGAUAGGGAUGCAAGGUUUACUUUGAGAUAUUGGGAAGAUGUUGGUAGAGCAUUGAAGUCGCGUAAGUUGACACCGCGUUUUAUUGGUCCAUAUCAGAUUUCUGAGAAAGUAGGUGAUGUGGCUUAUCGAAUUACGUUGCCGCCGUCACUUGCUAAUAUCCAUGAUGUGUUUCACGUGUCUCAAUUGAGGAGAUACAUUGCAGAUCCUUUGCAUGUUGUCCAAUUAGAUGAUGUUGAGGUUAGAGAUAAUUUGACCGUGGAGACAUUACCUAUGCGGAUAGAAGAAAGAGAGGUGAAACAACUUCGUGGUAAAGAGAUGGCUUUGGUGAAAGUCGUUUGGGGAGGACCGACUGGUGUAAAUGUGACGUGGGAGCUUAAGAAUCAGAUGAGAGAUUCAUAUCCCGAGUUGUUUACUUGA